AUGCCCGUUCCGCUGCUCCCGCUGCUGCUGCGAACUCUGAUGUCCCAUCUGCUGCUGCCUGCCACCCGCCUGGCCCGCCAGCACCUCCUGCCCCUGCUGCGCCGGCUGGCCCGCCGCCUGGGCUCGCGGGAUGUUCGAGAAGCUUUGCUGGGCUGUCUGUUGUUCAUUCUCAGCCAGAGCCGCCCGCCUGACGCUGAGGAGGUCUCCAGAGUGGCUGGCCAGGAGAGGAGGGAGAAGCUAGCUCCCCCUAAACGAGGCUGCGAUCCCUGA